AUGGCGUCAGAACAGGGACUGGUUCGACCAUGGAAGACCAAGCGCGUCCAACAAGUUCUCACGAGCUAUCUAGCAAACAAGGACCUCACUGCAUGCCGUCUAGUGUGUCGCAAGUUCGACGUCUAUCUCGCACCAAUCUUCUUUGCGGACAUUGAAGUCCGCUUUCGCAGCAGCACCUUCAACAGGCCAUCGCGGAUGGCAGCUCUAAAGCGCAUUGGGGGACACGUCCGGGCCAUGACGUUUAAGAUCUCACAUGACAAGGAGACAUUGUUACCUCCAAUCCUGGAUCCAAUCAUGGGAACAGAACAGAUCUUCAUUUACAAGCCACAACGGUGCCAGCUUGGUAGCAGUAGCCCUAGGUAUGGUAGCCGACAAAUGACAGAGCUGUUAGUCAAGAAGUAUCCGCCUCUGUUCCAUGCAUCUACCAACAUCCCAUCAUUUGUCCAAGCAUUGACGAUGAUGAGCGGCUUGCAACAUCUGCGAACCUCCUGCGAGGGUCAAGUACCAAGCUAUCGCUACCGUCGAAGUGUAGAUUCGGUGCUUCGCCUGCAUCUUACAAGCGCUGGCCCCAGAUCCGCAAGCUCAGUCCACAUGACAUGUUUCGCCUAUGGGCCAGGUCAACCGACAGACCACCCCAAGACCCUCCAUGCAUACAUAGGAAGCUUCCCAUCUCUGCAAAGACUGGUUUUUUAUUGGGAAGGCGAGAGGGGCCGCUCACCCCUAUCGCUUGCAACAGAGCCAAGCCUCAACAGCGCAGCCAAAGGGAAGCCAGCCCAAGCCCGUCCCCUGCGAUGCGCGUUACCCUUGCGGCCAUUGAAAUUCCAAUAUCUUCAGCAGAUGGAGCUGGUCAAUGCAACAAUGGACGCGUCGCAAGUGGCAUCUUUUAUCCAGGAGCACCGGAGUACUCUGCGCGAGUUCAAUUUCGAACAUGUGGUGCUCCGUAGCGGCAAUUGGGACGACGCGCUCGCGCCGUUGACACGACUCGGCGGCAGCGAGGGAUGGAAGCAAGGUCAGCGUGCCACCGACACCGUGGAUGUGCCGAUAGUAUUGAGUCCAGCGGGAGUCAGCCAGAAACAAUUACAGAAGGCGAUUUGUGUUUUACAGCAGCAAAAGGGCCCGAGGACGUUGAGAAGCUUGGCUAAAGCACGGUCCUGA